UCACCACUGCCCGCAACACCUAAUCCAAAAUGACAAAAUCAAACCCAACUAACUAACAGUCCCUGGGGCCCAUAAUCAAAUCAAACAUUAAAAUCGACGGCUAAUAUCUCGCCUGUGAUUGUAAAAUUUGGGGUCUUAUCGUGGACAUUACCAUUUCCGAUUCUACAAGAAACUAACCCACUCUGGCAUGGUUUUGCCAACCGCCUAAGCAAAAAAUCAGUUCCCUUUUCUCUUUCCUUUUAUUUUCUCAUGAAAGUUUUAUCCAGAGUCGAGAAUUUCCCGGGAAAUUUUUUUGACCACCACCAGCUGGAAUUUCCAAUCAAAUUCUAAAUAAGACUGAUACCUGUUGACCGGUUGCUAGGCAUUGCUGUUAGGAAAGAUCAGUUGAAUAUAGUUAAAAACAGAUUGAAAUAAACCAGUCUGGGAGGAUACAAUAUGCUUCAUCAACGGUAGGACUUGCUUGAAGCAGCAUAAUCAAGCCAGCUAUUUCUAUUGACUUGUUAAAUAGUAUUUUACUAUAUGGUCCUGCUCCAUGGGAUGGACUGGAGCUUUUUGUUCUUUGUUUUUUCUUUUCACCCUAGUCGAGUCCACAAGGAGUUCAGGGAAAGUGUGGACAUUACAUCUAGAUGCAGAGUCUGUUGGAAACAUCAGCUGGCCAAUCUUCAGUGCUAGCAUAUUUGUACUUGUUGCGCUUUUCCUGUCCAUGUACCUCAUUUUUGAGCACUUAGCAGCUUACAAUCAGCCUGAGGAGCAAAAGUUUCUUAUUGGACUAAUUCUGAUGGUUCCUGUUUAUGCUCUUGAAUCGUUUUUAUCUUUGUUGGAUUCCAAUGCUGCAUUUAAUUGUGAAGCAAUUAGGGACUGUUAUGAAGCUUUUGCAUUGUAUUGCUUUGAGAGAUAUCUGAUAGCCUGCUUAGGUGGGGAGGAAAGUACAAUUGAGUUCAUGGAAAGUCAGACUGUAAUCACUUCUAGCAUGCCUCUUUUGGAGGAGUCAUAUGCAUAUGGAGUUGUAGAGCAUCCCUUUCCAUUGAAUUGGUUUCUGAGGGAUUGGCAACUUGGUCCUGACUUCUAUUAUGCUGUGAAAGUUGGCAUUGUGCAAUAUAUGAUAUUAAAGUUGAUUUGUGCACUCUUAGCAAUGAUUCUUGAGGCUUUUGGGGUUUAUGGAGAAGGAAAAUUCGAGUGGAAAUAUGGCUAUCCCUACCUGGCGAUUGUUCUUAAUUUCAGUCAAACCUGGGCCCUAUAUUGCCUUGUGCAGUUUUAUUCUGUCAUUAAAGACAAGUUAGCACCGAUUAAACCGUUGGCCAAGUUUCUGACUUUCAAGUCAAUUGUUUUCCUUACAUGGUGGCAAGGUGUUGCUGUUGCAUUUCUUUUCUCCAUGGGAGCCUUCAGAGGGCAUUUAGCUCAGGAGCUGAAAACACGUAUACAAGAUUACAUAAUCUGUAUAGAGAUGGGUAUUGCAGCUGUAGUGCAUCUAUACGUCUUCCCUGCUGUACCAUACAAGCGAGGGGAAAGAUGUGUUCGUAAUGUAGCUGUCAUGGCCGACUAUGCAUCUUUAGGAUCACCUCCUGAUCCGGAAGAGGUCCAGGAUUGUGAAAGAUAUAGCAGGAUAAAGCUAGCUCGUCAUGAUGAGAGAGAAAAGAGACUGAAUUUCCCCCAGAGUGUUCGGGAUGUGGUCCUUGGUAGCAGUGAAAUUAUUGUUGAUGACAUGAAGUAUACGGUGUCACACGUUGUGGAGCCAGUCGAAAGGGGAAUCGCAAAAAUAAACAGAACCUUCCAUCAGAUUUCGGAGAAUGUGAAACGCCAUGAAGAGCGAAGAAGGAGCUCUAAGGAUGACAAUUUUCUUGUCCCCUUGAAUUCCUGGUCGGGAGAAUUUUCUGAAGCUCAUGAUAACCUUCUAGAAGGGAGUGUCAGUGACAGCGGUAUGUCUAAUAGUAAGAGACAUCCACAUCAAUCCAAAGCCACUGUAUCAAGGUCAAGAACAGGCAGAUAAUGUUUGAAGCUGUGAAUUUGGAUUUACAAUUCAAAUGGCAAUUUCAAUUCAUCAUCGACUUCAAACAACAUCAAUGCUUGUUGGUGAGUGUUAAUAUAUCCACUAUUUUCUUAGUCCAGUUCUUCGCAGAUCAUAUUUUGUUUCGAGGGUGAGGAACUUGGGGACACUCUGAACCUAUGAUAUUUUCUAACUGAGAAAAAUGCACAGAGAAGAUACUUACAGACACUAUCAUUAAUGAAAAGCCCUCAUUCGAGUUUCGGCAAGAGUUCAAUAAGAAUAUGUACAUAUGUUUUAGAUUUUAGUUAAAUUGUUUACUCCUGAAAUUUGAGAAAAACAUUCCCAUUGUAAAAUGAAAACUACCAUUGUACAUGGAAUUUCAUCUUAUGAAUGAAAUUCUACCAUUUGAUGUUUUGCAGUUGAGAUGUUUUAACUUCGAAUAAGAUGAAUAGGCAAAGGAGUAAUUGAUUGUAAGAGAGUAUAUUUUAACUUCGAAUGAAAUUCUACAAUCUCUUAAAGAGGUUGCUUUGGACGAGUCAA